GGGUAGUCAACAUUGCGAGUCGAACUUUGGCGCAUGCCCAGCAUGGAGUUCAUCAGCUUCCGCCCUCCUUCUUCUUCCUUUAGGACCAGGCGAGGCGUGCGAGCAGCCUGGUUGUUGUUUUGCUAAUGAAUUGAAAGUUGUAAACUCGUCAAGAUGUCGUUAUCAUCAGCGCGUCCCCUUAUUACUGUGUAUAGUGAGAAAAAUGAACCUAGCGGAGAGACGAUCUCUCUUCCUUCAGUGUUCAAAGCACCCAUCCGUCCCGAUGUGGUGAACUUUGUACACCAGCAGAUGUCAAAAAACAGUCGUCAGCCGUAUUGUGUAUCUAAAGAGGCUGGACAUCAAACUUCCGCCGAGUCAUGGGGUACCGGUCGUGCUGUUGCACGUAUCCCACGUGUUCGUGGAGGAGGUACACACCGUUCCGGUCAGGGUGCUUUUGGUAACAUGUGUCGUGGAGGUCGCAUGUUUGCGCCAACCAAGCCAUGGCGCCGCUGGCACCGACGCAUUAAUGUGAAUCAGAAACGUUAUGCUCUUGUUUCGUCUAUCGCUGCUUCCGGUGUACCAGCCCUCGUACAAUCCAAGGGUCACAUGGUGCAGGAAGUUCCAGAAUUCCCAUUGGUAGUUUCGGACAAAAUCCAGGAGUACAACAAGACCAAGCAAGCCGUGAUCUUUUUGCGUCGCAUUAAGGCUUGGAAUGACAUUCAAAAGGUCUACAAAUCCCAACGAUUCCGUGCCGGUAAGGGUAAAAUGCGUAACCGUCGUCGUAUUCAACGCCGUGGACCUUUGAUCAUCUAUGGACAAGAUCAGGGAUUACGUAAGGCUUUCCGCAACAUCCCAGGUGUAGACCUGAUGAACAUCAACAAACUAAACCUGCUGAAGCUGGCACCGGGUGGCCACGUUGGUCGCUUCAUCAUCUGGACCAAAUCCGCUUUCGAUCAGUUGGAUGCUUUGUACGGUACAUGGCGUAAAGAGUCCCAGUUGAAGGAUGGUUACAAUCUACCAUUCCCCAAGAUGGCAAACACCGACCUUGCCAGGCUCCUUAAGUCCGACGAGAUCCGCAAGGUCCUCAGGGCUCCAAGAAAGAAGGUUGUACGUUCCGUUAAGAAGCUGAACCCCCUGAACAAUACGCGCGCUAUGUUGCGUCUGAACCCGUACGCUGCUGUAUUGAAACGCAGGGCUAUUUUAACCGCUAACAAACGUCAACUGGCGAGGGAUCUUUUACUGGCCGAGAAACGAGGAAUCAAGCUUUCCCCGAAGUCGACUAUCGCGAAAACCCAGAAAACUCUGGAGAUUCGUAAAAAGCAGAUCUUGAAAGCGAAGGCGGCCAAACCGAAGAAGCCGAAAGCGCCAAAGGCAGCCAAACCCGCGGCAAAAGCGGCUGCACCCGCACCCGCUAAAGUAGCGGCUAAGCCAGCCCCAGCUAAGAAGUGAACAGUUUAAAAAUUGUUGACUUGUGACCUUUUAUUUUCACCGAAUAAAGCCGAUGGAAAACAA